CCCCAGCUCCUUGCAUUGUAUCAUUUUAAGCGACACGAUAAAAGUAAUAUGCCACAGGCAACACAAUCCAAACACGUUCUUAUAUUUAAAAAAAAAGACGUCGAUGAUAAAUAUGAUGCUUUGUUAAAAGAGCGUGGCUAUGUCCCAGAGUUUAUACCAGUACUUGAUCAUCAAUUAACAAACAUUGAGAUGCUGAAAGACAUCAUCAUUACCAACUGUUUCGAUGAAAACUGUGUGGAAGGACUCAUUGUCACCUCUCAAAGAGCAGUAGAGGCUUUAAACCAAGCGUGCCAGUUAGCUCUGUCAGAAGUGGAAAAGAAGCAUGAUUCGCUCUCGUUAUGCGGGAAAUGGAAAAGUGUACCUGCAUAUAUUGUAGGCCCACAAACAGCAGAAGCAUUGGCAAAACUUCCACUCUUUCAUGAGAACAACAACGACGACGAUAACCAACUUGAUACUUACGAUGCCAGCGUUGGUGAUAAUAAGGCUGCUACUAAGAAUAACUGGAUUAUAGCGCCUCGUGCAACAGAACUAAUUCCAUCACUGUUGGAUCAUUAUGCAAACUAUCGAAAACAACAAGCACAACAGCCGAUAUUGCCGUCGUCACCCAAUGGUACCACAACAGCCAAGACUAACAUGUCCGUCCCUGUAACUUUGUUAUUUUUAGCAGGCGAUAAAAGAAGAGAUGUUAUUCCUGAAGCACUAAAGGAGGCUCAUGUACCAUACAAAGAACUACAAGUCUAUGCUACUUGUGCUCAUCCUCAUUUGAAACAAAAUCUCACAACAUAUCUUGCCAAAUACUGCUUAUUAGAAAACGACCCAACAAUAAAAGCUGGAUCAGACGCAGUAACAACAACUUCAAUGAUGACGACAGAAUGGUGGACAGUCUAUUUUAGUCCUUCAGGGAUAAAAUUCAUAUUGUCCAAUGUGGACGACCCUAACACAAGAGAAAUUCUCUUGGCAGCCACUUCGGGUCAAGAUAAUAAGAAAGAAAUGACAAAAGAAGAAAGACACCACCGCCGUAGACCGAGAAUCGCAGCCAUCGGUCCUACUACUGCUGACUAUUUAUCUACAAGUUUGAAUAUCAGACCCGACGUAAUUGCUGACAAACCUGAUGCCGUCCAUUUAGUUCAAUCUAUAUUAAACUUCGAUGCACAUAACCAAUGAUUUUACGUGCGCACGUUGAAGAUGGAUUCUACUUUCUGCCCUUUUCUUUGUACCACAUAUAGCAGCCAGUAAAAAUAUGUCCAAUUCUGGAUAAUUAUACCAAAAACGGUCAUUACUUUGUUUUUAUUCAUUCAAACAUCGUUUUCUAACAAUAACAAAGAACCUGCAUUAAUAGCGUAUCAUUAAAAUUUGUGUACCUUGCUGAAUGUAUAGCCGAAUGAUCCUUUCACACUAUAUUAUAAGGAAUAUAUUUUCUCCGUUUUAUUCUGUUGUUGUUUGAGGAUAGUUAUAUCCCUGUAAUAGAGAAAUACGAACAUUUAUACAUAUUACUUAUAUAAAAUAGACUCGUUUUCGACGUAGAAUUUGAAAAUUAAGCCGAAC